AUGGCCGUCAACUUCAUCGUUUCUGAGGAUGAAUCGCUGAUCUUGACAGGACCAAAACGAGGUAUUGCGUUGAUAAGUGAUACAUAUGUUGAGACUAAUCUGAAAAUCAAGGGUGAUGAGUUGCAGCAGGAUAGAGAACUCAGUAAAGGAAUCCUAACAAUAGGAGGCAUAGCACGGCGAUUGUUGAAGAAUUGUGAGCUUGAAAGCUGCUCUCUUGCUACCAGGCUCAGUACUGUGGAUGUGGUGUAUGCAGUUGUGAAAGAUGCAGUGGAGGCUACCAUUUCAGUUGAAGUUUUAGCGGGAGAAUAUUUUGGAGAAAUUACAGCCUGCACCAGCAGCAUCAAGAAUAGGCUUGUGCUUCAUGACAGCAGAUUGACUCAUAGUGAUAGUGGUCAGAACAUUGCCCCUGCUGUCAUCCCACUCUUGCGAUCUGUGGUGGCUGUCUAUGUCAAGGAGAUGCUGUUACUGACUAUUGCCACCCAUACUGAUGAUGGAGAAAUUACAAAGUGCAUUGAGUUUACUCCAAGAGUCAAUGGUUCAGAUCUAGAUGAAAUUACUGUUGGUGCCGCAACAUUGGGCGUGAGGGUUGUAUGGUCAAUAAUUAACUUUUAGUAUUAAAUGUUGGUUUGGUGGUAACUUGGUUGUCUGUAAUAACUGUAUUUAUCGACUCGGGCUGGUCGUUG